AUGAACUGUAUCAUCUCUGAGCUGGAAGAACCAUGGGAGCGGGAUGAGCUAGUCGAAGUACGUACCGGCAAAGCAAAACCAGUCUUUGGUCUACCCGUCCAGUCCGCCAUCUUCAAGUCCGUCCGAUAUGGCGCAGUCCCAGUCGACGCGCUCGGCUGCUGGGGCGAUGAGCAUGUUUAUGAAUUUCACGGCGGCACAGAUAAAGCGCUCCUCCAGUAUUGCUCUAGACAUUAUGGUGUAUGGAGCGAGGAGUUGCCCGAUAGCGCACACCUCUUUCGCGUUGGAGGAUUCGGCGAGAAUUUGGUAGCUCGCCGCGCAAAUGAGCGCAAUACUUGCAUUGGAGAUAUUAUUCGAAUCGGUCCCGAUGUGAUUGCGCAAGUGAGUCUACCGCGGCAGCCGUGCUACAAGCUGAAUCAUCGGUUUCAGGAGAAAAACCUUUCGAGGUUUAGCCAGGAGAAAUCUCGGACGGGUUGGUAUUAUCGGAUCAUCAAGGGAGGGUCGAUCCAAGCGGGCGAUGAACUCGUCCGACUCGAGCGUCCAAAUCCCGAUUGGACUGUUGCUCGAGUCCAGCAUUACCUGUACAUGGAAAAAGACAACUUUGAUAUGAUGAAGGAGUUGGCGGUUCUCGAUGCAUUGGGGAGCGAGAUCAGAAAUAUCUUCAAAAAUCGACUGAACAAAAAGUUUGAGAACCAGGAGCAACGUCUCGUGGGUGACAGUGCCAUGGCUGUCGACAUGUGGUCGGAAUACCGGCUCGUCAAGAAGGCCCAAGAAACUCCAACUGUCACUUCUUUCGUGUUCAUGGCGGUCCAGCCCAAGCAGUCGCCAGAGCCGGUUCCCCCAGGCACCCACGUGCGCUUGAAACUAGGAGGUCGAUUGAUUCGAGCCUACUCCGUGGUUCAUGGAAAUCGAAAACAACUCACCUUGGGUGUGGCUUUAGAUCGAGAAUCUACUCGUGGCGGCUCUUUAUAUCUGCACGAAAACCUCCAAGAAGGCGACAUUAUCACAAUUAGUAACUUUGCGGCGACAUUCCCUUUGGCUGAGAAGGCCGAUCGGCAUAUCCUCAUCGCUGGUGGUAUUGGUAUCACUGGUCUGCUUGCCUCUGCUCGAAAGCUGCAGGCAAUGAACCAAGACUUUCACCUUCACUAUGUGGUCCGAUCGCUAGAUGAGCUGGCAUUCGAGCCCUUAAUCAAACCGUUGGGAUCCAAUGUUUCGAUUCAUUGCAAGGAAGAGGGGACUCCCUUCGAUGUAUCAAACGUUCUCCAAAAAGUUGACAGUAACUCCCAUAUCUACUGUUGCUCUGGGGAACGGCUGAUCAAGGCUGUAUCUGACACUGCAGCGGAGCUUGGUUUACCAAAGGAAAAUAUACACUUUGAAUCAUUCCAGGCUAAUAGCACGGGUGAUCCGUUCACCGCGGAACUAGUCGAGUCCAAAAAGAAAUUGGAGGUGGCAGCUCAAGAUAGUCUGUUAGAUACCCUUCGGUCUGCAGGAUUCGAUAUUCCGUCUACUUGCGAGGCCGGUAAUUGUGGAACCUGUCGGGUGGGGGUCCGCAGUGGGCGCGUGGAGCAUCGGGGUACAGGCUUGCUGGAGAAUGAGAAAGAUACCGCGAUGCUGAGUUGCGUGUCACGGGGGAUUGGCCGAAUUCAACUUGAUCUAUAG